AUGCCGUCGGAGGCCGCGCUGCAGCUGGUCCAGGAGGCCAAGCUGAGCCAGACGACGGGCUCGUUGCGGGCGUACCAUACGGAGCGCGUGCGACAUGUGAUGCUAGAGACGCGGCAGCUGCAUGCGGAGCUGGCGCCGAUGGCCGAGUUGGCGCGAGCGGAGCAGGCAUCCGGUCAGGCGCGUCCGAAUGCCGCGCUGGCCGCACGCCUGGUGGCGUACCACCUGCAGGCGUACCGGAACAAGCGCUGUCUGCUUGCGUACCACCGCCAGCGCCUCGACUGGCUGCGUGCGCGCGUAUGGGACAAGGCGGGGUCGUUAUCGCUCGUCCUGGACGAGGGGCCAGAGGGGAUGCGCGCGUCGCUGCGUACGUUGCUCGAUCCUACGGAGUUUGAGUGGCUGCGCUCGUAUGCUGCGCUCGUGGCGCUGUACAAGGAUGCGUUCUUGGACGUGCUCGAUGUGACAUGGCCCAUCACGCAGGGCAUCUCGCCCGCUCAUGCGCGUGAGGCCCUCGGCUCGGACUUUCGCGCGCACGCUUCGUCGGUGGCGCCGAAUGCGAUCCGGCCGCCGGAGGACGUCAUGCUGUCGGUGCUCGUGACGCGGAACGUGAGUCAUGUCGAGACGGAGCGCGGCACGAUGCACCUGCGCGCUGGCGAGCGCCUGCAUGUGCGCCGCGACGAGGUCGAGGGACUGUUACUCCGUGGCUGGCUUCGUGAAACGGACUAG